AUGUUUGAUGAGAUUUCAGGAGGAGCUGAAAGAAAUGCAAAUUGAAGAAGAUCAGUGGUGGAGAAGAGUCUCUUAGAUGAUCAAGAGGUUCUUGGGAAUCAGAGCUUUAUUGGAUUGCUUCAAGCAAUGACAGAGUUAGCUAAAAGAGCUAUCCCUGCUUUCUUUGGAGCGGUUUUCAAGCAUCUUAUUGAUAUCUCAAAUAUCUUCUUUGCUGGUAAAAUUGCAAGCUUUGCAGUUGACCAAGAGAUCUACAAUGCGUCAGAUAUAAUUGCUGGAGUUGGUCUGGGGAUCCUCUGUUAUAACGUGUUUAUUUUCUCAGUAGCAUGGGGAAUGUCAAGCACUAUUGACACACUAACAUCACAAGCAUUUGGAAGUCAGAAAUACCAUCUUUGUGGUUACUAUUUGAACAGAUACAGAGUGGUUUCUACUGUGCUCUUCUUGUUUCAAUGCAUUCUAUUGCUAAACAUUGGAGAUAUUUUAAUUAUGAUUGGGCAAGCUGAGAUUUCUUGAAGAGUGUGCCAAAUAUUUAUAAAGUACCAGCUAAUUGGUCUUUUCUGAUCAGUUCAGUUUGAAGGUCUAAGAAGAUACUUAAUAGCCCAAGGAGUUUACAAUAUGAUAGUCUAUAUCCAAUGCAUAAGUUUCUUUCUCCAUGUAGGUAUGCUCUCAAUAAUUAGUUACAAUUUCGGACUGGAAGUCGAGUCUAUUUCCUACAUAAACUUGCUAACAAAUAUUAUCAGUCUGGUUCUUUUAACUCUGUUCUGAAUGAAAACAUCAAAGAUUCAUAGAGAAGGAUGGCAUUAUGAAUUAGGCUCAUUCGAAGACCUGACUCAGUUUAUAAACCUUGCUGUCCCAUCCACAAUGAUGAGAUGUCUGGAAUAUUGGGUGUGAGAGCUUAUAAUGAUCUUCUCAGGAUGGUGUGGAGUUAAAGAUCAGGCUGCAGCAAUUGCUAUUUUCAAUGUAUUUUCAGCACUUUAUAGACUCAUUUCAGGGAUCUCCAUGGCUACCUCAAACCUUGUAGGAAAUUGCUUGGGCAAUAACGAUGCUAAAAAUGCAAAGCAGUAUGCACUGGCAUCUCUCUGAGUGACCUUUGUACCUAUAAUCCUCUGAACAAACUUCAUGUAUUUCUGUAGGUAUCAAAUAAUGAGUUUCUCAAGCGAUCAAGAAGUGAUAGAGAUAGGUGCUUCUCUGAUGAUCUUUUUUGUUCUGAUCUGUCCAUCAGACUUCAUUCAAGGAUCACAAUUUGGAGUGCUCACAGGAAUGGGAUACCAAAAGUAUGGAAGUAUGAUAAAUAUCCUAUCAUAUUUUCUGUUCCUCAUCCCUCUAGCAUAUGUCCUAGGAUUUGUAUAUGGGUAUGGGACUACUGGGAUCUUUGGAGCUUGGGUCUUAGGAAUUCUUGUAUGAGCUAUUCUGGUGACCUCAACUGUAUUCUUGGCUGAUUGGGAUCACCUUACAAGGAAAAUCCAGGAAAGACUGUCUGCUACCUUUUAA